AUGUGUGGAAGUAGAUGUGAAGUCGUUCAGGAGAUUAUGUGUGGAAGUAGAUGUGAAAUCGUGGAUGGGAGGAUGUGUGGAAGUAGAUGUGAAGUCGUUCAGGAGAUUAUGUGUGGAAGUAGAUGUGAAAUCGUGGAUGGGAGGAUGUGUAGAAGGAGAUGUGAAGUCGUUCAGGUGAUUAUGUGUGGAAGUAGAUGUGAUGUCGUUCAGGAGAUUAUGUGUGAAAGUAGAUGUGAAGUUCAGGAGAUUAUGUGUGGAAGUAGAUGUGAAGUCGUUCAGGAGAUUAUGUGUGGAAGUAGAUGUGAAGUUCAGGAGAUUAUGUGUGGAAGUAGAUGUGAAGUCGUUCAGGAGAUUAUGUGUGGAAGUAAAUGUGAAAUCGUCCAGGAGAUGAUGUGUGGAAGUAGAUGUGAAGUCGUUCAGGAGAUUAUGUGUGGAAGAAGAUGUAAAGUCGUGGAUGGGAGGAUGUGUGGAAGUAGAUGUGAAAUCGUUCAGGAGAUGAUGUGUGGAAGUAGAUGUGAAGUCGUUCAGGAGAUGAUGUGUGGAAGUAGAUGUGAAGUCGUGGAUGGGAGGAUGUGUGGAAGUAGAUGUGAAGUCGUUCAGGAGAUGAUGUGUGGAAGCAGAUGUGAAGUCGUGGAUGGGAAGAUAUGUGGAAGUACAUGUGAAGUCGUUCAGGAGAUGAUGUGUGGAAGUAGAUGUGAAGUCGUUCAGGAGAUGAUGUGUGGAAGUAGAUGUGAAGUCGUUCAGGAGAUGAUGUGUGGAAGUAGAUGUGAAGUCUUCAGGAGAAGAUGUGUGGAAGUAGAUGUGAAGUCGUUCAGGAGAAGAUGUGUGGAAGUAGAUGUGAAGUCGUUCAGGAGAUGA